AUGGCUACCACCGCGGCACCGUCGACCACAGAAACCCCCCCAACGCCAGCCCGUCGAAAAGUAGACCUGCGGAAUCCUACGCCACUAUCUGCUACUCAGGAAGCUGAAGUAAAACAGGCAUACUAUAAAAAGGUCCGAAGCAUCUGUGAUCCGGUAAUAAAAGAAUUCGCAGCAUGUGCUGUCAAUCGUACCGUCACCGCAACAUGGGUUUGCCGAAAGCAGCGACUUGCGAUGAACGCCUGCAUGGUUCUUCAUGCAAAGCCAGAGGUAGAGGAUUUAGCUCGAGAAGAAUGGUUUGCUGGUCGAGAAGAGAGGUUAAGGGCUCGGGAGAGAGAGGCUCAGCGGACGGAGAAGCGGAGGCAAGAAGUCAUUGCUAUGAUGAAGAAGGACGAUGAGAGACGAGCAGCCAAAGAGAAGAGCUCAUGA